AGAAGAGAGGAUAAGGAACAGUAGGGGAAAGAGAAGGACGAGGAAGGAAGGAGGAGGAAAAGAAUAAGGAGGAAAAUGGGAAGGAGAAGAAGAAGGAAAAGGAGAAGGAAGAUGAAGAAGAAGAUGUCUCCUCUAUGCCUAGAUGUUGCUCGUAGAAGAACGGAGAAGUUGGAGGAGGGAGGAGGAAGAAGACGACGUUAGAGGAGGAAGAAGACGACGUUGGAGGAAGAAGAUGAUGUUGGAGGAGGGGGAGGAGGAGGAGGAAAAGCAAAAGGAAGAAAGAAAACGAGGAGAAAGAGGAGCAGGACAAGGAAGUAGAAGAACGAAUAAGAAGGCGGAAGAGAAGGACAAAAAUGAGACAAUAAACACACCUACAACUAGAAGUACACAAGGCAUAUGCACGGAUGGUAAAAUUGAACGCAAUGCCGCAACCUUCAAAGACACCGAGAGGACCUUUUUGUGGCAACCUAUAGCAAAAUCUUCUUUUGAAUCCACAGUCGUACUCAAAUCCUGA